GCCUGGCAGUGUUAAAGGAGCCCUAUGAAUUUUUUGCAUGUAUGCCAGCCUUCAGGCCUAGGCAUAACUGUUGGCUUGUGAAGCACUCUAUAACAAUCUUAAUCUUAAAUUCUCUCUGGUCAUGCAGUCUACCGUUCAUAGGAUUUGAUACUGGAUGUCCCGUAUCAAUCUCUAAGUCUCAAAGUCCCAGUGGUGCUUCUUGACACAAGAACUGAUCAUAAAGAGUAGAAAGCUCCACAUUCAGCUUACUUGUUGCUUCAUAAGUCAUUCUUUCUUGCAGUAAAUUUAAUUAAUAUUCUUUGUGUCUGUGCAGAAGACAGAAGUUGGAGACCUACUUGCUCAUAAUUGAACAUGGCAGGGGAUGUAAAAAGAUUCACACGCAUGCUGCUGGAAUGCAACAGCAAUGACAAACUGUGUGUUGUGCGUGAAUAUCAGACUGAAGUGAUUGUUGUCCCAGUUCUCCUUGUGGGUGUUUUUGUCAUCAUGCUAACUGUGAUACUUUGGCUCCACUGCCGAGGCUUGCGAGCAAAGCAGGAGCAAUCUGGACACCAAGUGAAUGACAAGAAUCAGCAGGAAUACAGCUCAACAGAGAGCCGCUGUAUCCAGCUGAGUGAGAUGUCUGUGGAAAGCCUGCUAAAUUCUGCAUCCUUGACUCUGAAAGAACUGGAGAUACCACGAGAGAAACUCUUACCAGGCACUUGGCUGCUGAUAAAACAUGGUCGCUAUGGGAGCAUCUACAGAGCACAGCUGGAAAUUGGGAGCCCCAGGAAGACUAAGACAGUAGUACUGAAAGUCUUACAAGACCUGGCUAGUCCCCAGAAAGUAAAGGAUUUCCUGGGAAGGAUUAAAUUCCAUCAAAAUCUUGGCCAUCAUGAGAACCUGGUUGAAUUGGUUGGAUGCUGUGUAGGUCAGCUCCCACUUUAUAUGAUCAUGGAAGAUGUCUCUCUUGGUGACCUAUUGACAUUUUUAUGGACGUGUCGGAAGGAUGUAAUGACAAUGGAUGAUGUUCCCUAUGACUUCACCGAGAGACAAGUAUAUGAAGUUGGACAGCAGGUUGCAGCAGCUCUGGCUUAUCUUGAACAGAAGAAAUUGUUCCAUGGUGAUGUUGCUGCCAGGAAUGUCCUCCUUCAUUACAACUUCACUGCUAAGCUCUGUGGUUUCGGUCUGGCCUAUGAAACUCACACAUACGGUGUCAACUCAGUCACAAAGAUUGUGCCAGUCAAGUGGCAGGCACCAGAGCGGCUCCUGAAGAACCCCCCCAGCAUCAAGGCAGACAUAUGGUCUUUUGGAAUUCUGCUGUAUGAAAUGAUUACGUUAGGUGCUCCACCAUAUCCUGAGGUGCCACCUUCUGACAUUUUACCAUACCUUCAGAGAGAGAACAGGAUGAAACAGCCCUCAAGCUGCCAGCAAGCCAUGUACAGCAUCAUGAAGUCCUGCUGGCAGUGGAAUGCAACUAACCGGCCUUCUCCAGCAGACCUGAUGUGGUCUCUACAAACAGCAAUGAAGAACAGCAACGAUCAUGCAGUACUGCAGGUGCCUGAGCUGGUGGUGCCUGAACUCUAUGCUAAUGUUGCUGGUGUUGAUGUGCUCAAUCUAGUGAGGGAAUACACUAUACUUUGAAGGACCUUGAUACAUGUUGGUAUAAGAGUUCUCUGAGUCUGCCCUUUCUAGACACUUUGCAAGCUCAGGAUAAGGUGUGUAUGUUGGGAGGAAUCCCUUUGUUUUUUGAACAUGUUGUAUAUAUGUGAUCUCUCCUCCAUUCCAGAAACAACAGACUGUUUUCAUUAUUAUGAAAUCAACCUGUUGAUAUCAGUCUGCCAGUGGUCCUUGUUUUUUAGGAAGCUAUAGAAAAUGUAAUGAGAAGCUUGAAUUAGAGUGUAUUGGGUUUGUGUAACAAGGUUUUGGUAGCAAGAGGACUUCAGGGGUGGCUUCUGUGAGAAGACACCAGAAGCUGCCCCCAUGCGUAACAGAGCCAGUUCCAGCCAGCUCCAAGAUGGACCUGCCACUGGCCAAAUCCGAGCCCGUCAGUGAUGAUGGUAGCACCUCUGGGAUAACGUUUCUAAGAUAAGGGUUAAAAAACCCUGUGCAACAUUAACUGGAAGAGAGAAACAGCCCUACAGACACAAAGGUCAGUGCCCCAAGGAGGGCAGGAGGUGCUACAGGCUCUAGAGCAGAGAUUCCCCUGGGGCUCGUAGUUCAGACCG